UGGAUACAGGGACAAAAGACUAUGCCCAUGAAAACCAAUUGGUGCCUUUAUCAAAAGAAUUAAAAGGGAAUAUUGAAGAAUGCCAAGCUUAGAGCAUCAAUACCUUUUCUGUGACCACCAAAACAAACCAUCAACACAAAACAAGUGAAAUGUAUAAUUGACUAAAAACAGAAGCAAUCAAAAAUGCCGAGAAGCCUUCAACAACACAAACCUCAAUUCACCACCUUAGCUCUCAGGCUCUCUUCUUUCUUUCUUCUCUUGGUUCUGUCUAACCAAAGCCACCAUGUCAAAGCUAAUAUUUUCAUCUAUUCAGACUGCUCUGAAGGAAAGUACCAGCCAAAUUCUCCCUACGUAACCUACCUCAACACUUUACUAUCUUCAGCAGUAAACUCAGCCUCUCAGUCUCUUUACAACAGCUUUGCUCUCGGGAAUGAUAGCUCAGCACCAGCUGAAGCCUCGAUAUAUGGUUUAUACCAGUGUAGGGGUGAUUUGGAAACAAGGGAUUGUGCAACAUGCAUGGCAAGUGCGGUUAACCAAAUUAAUCUGGUUUGUCCUUACACUUACGGAGCUAUUUUGCAACUUGAUGGCUGCUUUCUCAGAUAUGAGCACAUAGAUUUUCUCGGUAACCCGGAUACAAGUCUUAGGUACAAGAAGUGUGGCAAAAGUGCAAGCAGUGAUGCAGAGUUCUUGAGGAGAAGAGAUGCUGUUCUCGCUAAUAUGCAGGGUUCUAUAAGUUUUAGGGUGAGUACUUCGGGCUUAGUUGAAGGCUAUGCACAGUGCAUAGGUGACUUGAGUGAGGCAGACUGUUCUUCUUGUUUAGCUGAUGCUGUUGUGCAAUUGAAGAGUUUGUGUGGAUCAUCUGAGGCUGCAGAUGUCUUUUUAGCACAAUGCUAUGCUAGGUAUUGGGCAUCUGGAUAUUACGAUUCCUCAGCUCUGCUCCAUGAAACCCCUUUGUUUUUUUGGUGUUUACAAAUGCAAAUAGAUUCUUCCCAUGGCAACGAUGACGAAGUAGGAAAAACAGUAGCAAUCAUCGUGGGAAGCGUAGCGGGCUUUGCCAUACUCAUUGUUCUUAUUUCGUUUUGCCGAACGGCUGUCCAUUAAUGAAGGACCUCUAUUCCAAGAAUUGCAAAGUUGGCCACGCUGCUGGAUCUGGACAAGAGCGCUUAUGUUCUCUAAGGAUUCUUGUGAGUUGUGACAACAUUUUGCCUUUUAGCUUUUAGGCCUUUUCCUUGACCCGUUUAAAAACCAAUACCCAAUGGUAAUGCAGGAAAAAAGAUUCUUGUACCCCAUCUUCAUCUUGGUUGUGGUAUAACUAAGUACCAUAUAUUCUAAAGUUGCAUGCACCAGUACUAUGAGUCUUAUCUUCAUCAAGGGUAAGGAUUCGGCUCGAACUGUCCAUGGAAAAAACACUUCACAAUGUUUGUUCCC